AUGGCGCCCGGGCUCGCGAGCCUCGUGCGCUCACCCCUGCUGUGCCUGGUUGCCUUUGCACUCACCCGUCUGUCGAACAGCCAUCUUACCGGCACUUUUGCCCACGUGCCGGCCUCUCGCAUCGUUCAUUCGGCUCUGUCGUGGGGGUUUGGGCUCUGCGCUGUUCUCAGCUGCAUAUCUCUGCUGAACCAGAAGCUGUCCGAUUUGGCGCAUAACAAAUGGCUGUGGGACCCCUGGUCGGAUCCUUUCAUGCGAUUCCAGGCAGAGGCAGAGAAGUGGAACUGGCCGGAGGAAAUUGCAGUCAUUACCGGGGGUUCAGAUGGCAUUGGAUCCUACGUUGCUGAGGGUCUCGCGUCGCAUGGCGUCAAGGUCGCGAUUCUGGAUGUCCAGCCACCAGCUGAGCGGAUCAGGGACUUGCCCAACAUUCAUUACUACGAAUGCGAUGUCAGCAGUCAGCCCUUGGUGUGGGAUGCUGCCGAAAAGAUCCGCAUGGACAUUGGAAAGCCCUCCAUCCUCAUCAACAACGCCGGCAUUGGAAGACCGUACACCAUCCUGGACCUUCCUCCCGGUCGGCCUCGGGAGGUCUACAACGUCAACGUCUUGAGCCACUUCAACACGCUUCAAGAGUUCCUGCCCGAUAUGCUCGAGCAGAAGAAGGGCUACAUCAUGUCCGUUGCCAGCCUUGCUUCUUUCUGGUCGGGAGCCGCCAUGUCCGCCUAUGCCUGCUCGAAGGCUGCGGUGUUGGCAUUGCAUGAAACUCUCAAUCAAGAGCUGAAACACCGCUACCACUGUCCACAGAUCAAGACAGCCAUCGUUCAUCCCCACUUCACCCGUACAAAGUUGAUCGCAGACUUUGAGGGACAUCUGAGGAAGCGGAAGAGGCCAGUGUCCGUGCUUGAGCCCCAGGACGUUGCGGCGCCCAUGGUCAAGCUAAUAUUGAGUGGAAAAGGUGGUCAGGUCUUCAUUCCGGAAAGCACUGGCCUCCUCAUUCCAUUGAUUCGCGGCCUGCCUACCUGGGUACAAGAGCUCUUGAAAGAUGCUGUUGCCAGGAACGAGGCCAGCGCAAAUAUGGCCAAGUGA